AUGUGGGUCCCGAGCUCAACCUCUGCUCUCCUCUUUACUCUUCUCUUGACUCUCUACUCUCUUGACUCUCUUGACUUGACCUCCCCAUGGAGUCCCGAUUCAAUGGAAUCAAGCUCAAGUACCGGAUCGCCCGGCGCUAUCCGGACCAAAAAGGCCAUCGCCAAGCGCGCCUGUGAUCAAUGCAAGUUUCGCAAAAUCAAGUGUAGCUUAUCACAGCCAUGCAAGGCCUGUACCUCGAUGGGGUUUGAAUGUACCUUCUUUCAGCCACAGAAGAAGCGCGGACCAACCGGGCAUCGCGUGUCGCAAAUUCGACAGCAGCAAACGCUGCCAACGCCACAAGAAGAGGCGAUCUCCAAGGCCAACUUUCAAUACACUCCGACUUCCUCCGUCGAGUCCGGGCAAAGCUCGUUGCCGGGACCCCCGUGGACCCCCACUCAUGGCCCAGUCACGAUGCCCCUAGAGGGGGCCGGCGGAUUGGCGCCAUCGGCUCCACCGACUUCAAUGACCACCUGGGGAACAGACACCCAGUCGAUGGACUCUCAUAGCAGUGGGGCUGUGGGUUGGAAUGAACGAAAUGACGUGGAGUACUGGCUGCCAGAUAAUCUCAACUCGCAAAUCCCCGUCUUUGAAUACCCCGGCAGCAAUGUCUAUCUCAAAUCCUCCCUCCCAUCCAUCAUCCAACCAGUGCCCGAAGCGGCCAUAGGAAUGCCGCAAGAGGCGCAACCGAUGCAAUACUCGCCCUCACCAAAUGUGAGCUCCAUGCAGUCGGACAACACAGAAUCAGAGGCACCCUGGCCGUCAACGAUCAGCGAAGCAAACAUGAUCCCAUGGAUUGAUGUAUAUUUUGAUCGUUUACAUCCAACCAUUCCCGUGCUCAGUCGAUCCUCGCUAUAUACCUCCAUGUUGACCCGGGAGCAUCGCAAGAACCCCCAAUUUGGUGCGAUGCUACUUUCGCUGUGCGCCUUUUCGCUCACACAGCCAAUUGAAAUCGACGAACGGCCGACGACGUCCUCGCGCGCACUCCAGGCACGCGCCAUGAUGAACGAAGCCACGAAGAUGCGAAGCUGUUCCGAUUUCGGCGAGAAUCCGACCAUCGAGGCCGUACUCACGAGUUUCUUCCUCUUCGGAUGUUUGUUUGGGAGUAAUCAGCAUAAUGCAGCAUGGCUCCGAAUGCGAGAGGCCCUAGAUCUCGCAGCUACCCUAGGUCUGAACGAUCCAGAGUCAUAUCAUGAUUUACCGGGAGAGGAGAAGGGCCAGCGACUGCGCACAUAUCUCGUGUUAUCCAUCACGGAACGAGCCUACGCCUUGCAACGGCGUCAUCCAAUCACAUUCUGGGGAAAACCCGGCUUCACGAUGCGAUCUGUGCACGAUUUCAUCCACAGCGCCACGCAUAGCGUCGUGUCGGGUAUAAUCGUGCACAACGAAAAAGACGCCGAGGGUAUGAUGGGCCUCGCCCGGAUGAUGGAGCUCUUCGACGCCAUCGACGAAGAUGUCAUCGACUGCUGGAACCGUCGAUGCGAUAGUGGCAACAGCUACUGCCAACGGCUCACAGAGGCCAAGGCGCUCUCCAUCCAUCAGAAUCUCGGUCGAAUCAAUCAAGCCGAACGAUAUCGCGGCUAUGACUGGUUUGAGCGUGCGAAAGGAGGCCGUGGUGAAAGCAACAAUGUCAUCCUGGCCAUGGGCCUCCGUGAAACGCAAGCUGCGGAUGUUUUCAUCACGCAGAAGUGGUUGCAGAAUCGGGUUUGGCUUCUGUCCUCGACACACGGCCUUUUAUCGGCUCAUUCCGAACGGCCAGAGUUGACUUUCGGUUAUGCUGUGAGCAUUGCCGAAUCAACACUACAGCUGUGCCAGUCAUUACGGCUCAGUUCGAUGGAAGCUCAUGGGAUUGGAUUGACCGAAAAGCUGUAUGAUAUCGCCAUCUGCGCCACGAAUAUUCUUUGCAACACUAGCCCUCCCUUUGGCGGCACGUUGAACAUGCCUGUCAACUACAACGAAACGAUUCCCCCCGGCACCACCUCCACCCCACACAGUCUCGCCGAAGACUUUUUGUUACUGAUGACCAGUUUCCGCGGCGGCAACCAUCCCUACUUGGAAAAGUACCGAGCUCAUUUACGAUCCUUGCAGAUCAUGGAGCCACCUAAACCAGAUUGGCCGCAGCGAUGA